AUGGUUGCAUCCGUUUCUCGUAGAGGUCAGACAUUUGCUCGUGCGCUCAGAAGAGGACUAACGACAUCAGUAAGACAACCAAACAGAUACAGAGCAAUGUCGAUAGAGAUUACGGAUCUAGCUAGAUGGGACCAGGAGUUGAAGGCGGACAUCAACCACGGGUUGGCGUCUACGGUGCUCAAGAACUACAACGCCGACGAGGUCUUGCUUGACAAGACGCAGUUGCUAAAGCACUACCCUCGCGUUUUCAAUGUGGGGCUCUCGGAAGAGGUUGGGCCUGUGACAAACCAGCGGUCCUCCGGGCGCUGCUGGUUGUUCGCGGCCACCAACGAGUUGCGCCUCAACGUUGCACAGAAGCUUAACUUAAAGGAGUUUGAGCUCUCGCAGGCAUACUUGUUUUUCUACGACAAGCUUGAGAAGGCGAACUACUUUUUGGACCAGAUUGUCGACACUGCCAACGAGGAAGUGGAGUCGCGCUUGGUCCAGUACUUGCUCACGUCGCCCGUGCAGGACGGCGGGCAAUACAGCAUGUUCGUGAAUUUGGUCCGCAAAUACGGUGUGUUACCUAAGGACCUCUACGCAGACUUGGCAUUCUCCACGACCAACUCGGCCAAGUGGAACAGCUUGCUAACCACCAAGCUCCGCGAGUUCGGCCAGGAAUUGCGCGAGGCUGCCGCCCGCGGGGAGGACGUCUCUGGGCGCCGCACCUCCAUGCAGAAGGAGCUUGUGCGCCUAAUGUCUCUCUUCAUGGACCUGCCACCUUACCGUCCCGACGAGGAGUUCACCUGGGAGUAUACCGAUAAAGACGGCAAGACUCAGUCCUUGUUCACGACCCCGCUCCAGUUUGCCCGCGAACAUGCGGGCCUCGACAUCGCCAAACCUGUCUCCCUCAUCAACGAUCCUAGACACCCUUACGGCUCCUUGAUCAAGAUCGACCGCUUGGGCAACGUCCUUGGUGGUGACGAGGUCCGCUACCUCAACGUCGACAACGACACUCUAUCCGCCUUGGUGGUCAAGCGUCUCCGCAACAAGCGCCCUGUCUUCUUCGGCUCACACACGCCCAAGUUUAUGUCCAAGCAGCACGGUGUACUAGACACCCGGUUGUGGAACUACCGUGGCAUUGGCUACGAGUUCACCCAGGACAAGGCCUCUAGGAUACGCUACGGCGAGAGUUUGAUGACCCACGCUAUGCUCAUCACCGGCGUCCACGUGGACAGCGCAGAUAAGCCCAUCCGUUACAAGGUCGAAAACUCCUGGGGCAAGGAUAUCGGGAAGGACGGAUACUUUGUCAUGACGCAGGAGUAUUUCGAGGAGUACUCUUUCCAGAUCGUGGUUGACAUCGACGAACUCCCAGAGGAAUUGGCCGCCAAGUUCCAAACUAAAGAGGAGAAGCCGAUCGUGCUACCAAUCUGGGACCCAAUGGGUGCCCUAGCCCAAUAA